CACGGCGAGGAUAAAGCAAGAUGGCGUCUGACGGUGAAGACGUUAUUGCAGUCGUCACAGUUCAGUGUUCUUAAUCUGUGUCUCCAUGUACACAUAUAUGUCCUUUAUUACACUCUAGUAAAUAGAGUAAACAUCGUUAAUAACUGUUUGCAUCCGGUUAUAUUAGUCUGAGCGCACUUUGAUGCUUCUCGAGCUAGCUUAGCUAGCUAGUUAGCUUAGCUUGUUAGCUGCUAACAAAGAGAGGCGGAAGUGAUCAAAACACAUCACUAAGUAGAGAUCAAGUGUGAGUGUAAAGUGUUGUGAUUGUGUGAAAAUGUGCCAAAGAACCAUAGCAGAGUACGAGGAGGAACUUUGUCCAACAAAAGAGGAGAAGGAGCGACAACAUGAAAAACAUCAAGUUGUGUUGCACAGAACAGACAUCCAUCAGCUGAUUGGACACCAAGAAGAAUGUCUCCCUCAUCUGCAGGGGGACAGUUUCACUUUAGAGUAUCCACAGCCCUCACAUUUUAAAGGGAACAAAGAUGAGCCACAGCCCUCUUAUUUCAAAGAGGAAGAGGAGGGAGAGUGUCCUGUUGGGCAGGAGGAGGCUGAUGUCAGCAAGUUUCCACUGACUGUUGUCUCUGUGAAGACUGAAGAGCAUGAAGACAAACCACCUGAGUCCUCACAGCUUCAUCACAGUCCAAACGUCUGUGAAAAAUAUCGCCCACCUGAGCAGCAGGAGGGGUCCUCCAGUAUGGAGCAGAAGAAGUCACAGUACCUCCACGUGAAAGAAGAGGAGCCAAAGCCCCCCCACUUUAAAGUGGAGGAAAAACAGCGGCUGUCCCCCCACUUCAUAGAGGAAGAGAAGAGACACCUCAUCAGUGUGACGAGUGAAGAUGAUGAGGUCAAAGGUGAGGGUGAGGAGGAGAGAGAGGCGGAGCCUCCAAGCAGCAGUUUAGCAGAAGCUGAUGGAGACCACUGUGGAGGAUCACAAGCAGACAAGCUCUUAGCUCCACUAUCAGAUAGUGAGGACACAACGUCACACUCUCCUGACACUGAUGAUGAAGACUCUAAAGAUGAUAAGACAUGUCACACUGACAACACUCACUUCACAUCUGCUCACUGUCACAAAACUUUUAAAUACAAUUGUCAUCUGAAAAGGCACACGAGUACACACACCGGAGAGAAACCUUUUUCCUGCUCAGAAUGUGAUAAAAGUUUUGCAAUAAAUCAAAGUAUAAAAGUACACAUGAGAACACACACGGGAGAAAAAAAAAAACGUUUUCAUGUUCAAUCUGCAGUAAAGAUUUUUCUCAAAAGCACAGUUUCAAAGCACAUAUGAGAAUACACACUGGAGAAAAACCUUUUAUCUGUUCAGUAUGUGGUAAAAGUUAUAUAGAAAAACAGCAAUUAAACUCACACAUGGGAUCGCACUCUGGUGAAAUCCAUACUCCUGUUCGAGCUGCAACAAAAGCUUUCAUCACCUAAACACUCUUACAUUACACAUGAGAAUACACCCAGGAGAGAAAGUGUUGAGUUGCAGUGUGUGUGGUGAAAGAUUGUCUUCUAAGUACCAGUGUAAGAAACACAAGUGUGCUGGUGAGAACAGCAGCAGCAAAUGAAACUGCAGGAUUUGAAAUAAACUGUCCAGACAUGCACCUGGGGAUAGGUUGAUUGGCAACACUAAAUGGUCCCUAGUGUGUGAAUGUGAGUGUGAAAGUUGUCUGUCUAUCUGUGUUGGCCCUGUGAUGAGGUGGCGACUUGUCCAGGGUGUACCCCGCCUUCCGCCCGAUUGUAGCUGAGAUAGGCGCCAGCGCCCCCCGCGACCCCAAAAGGGAAUAAGCGGUAGAAAAUGGAUGGAUGGAUGGAUGGAUGUCCAGACUUUCAUUUUGACUUUCUAACAACAUCAGCACAUAUAACAUGUGUGACAUCAUUGUUGUGUGUGUAACACAAUCUUGUUAAUAUGAUUCUAUCAUGUAUAGAUUAGACACUAAAAUGAACAGAACAAUUUGACUGAAAGGGUGAGAAUAAACAGUACAUAAAUAUGUUACAUACAAUAAACAUUGUAUGUGUAUAUAUUCAUAAUUCACUUUAAUACUUAUUCAUAAUAGUGUUUUAUAUGUUUUUUAUUAAAUAAUGAAGUGUUACAUAUUUUAUUUUCUAAUUGUAGAUAAUUCCAUCGAUGAACUCCUUUAUAUGAUGUACAUAUUUGUUUUACAUGUGUUCAUACCUUUGCUUUUGAGUACACAUAAAUCCCUCUUAGUUCAUAUUUACUGCUUCACAUCUGAAACAUCUUCUGGACCACUUCUGGAAGCAUAUUAUUAUUUACUUUAUACAUCAUUUGAGCCGUUGCAUUUAUACAAAAACAUUGACUUUAAAAAUGUGUGACUUUAUGAAUCAUUUGUUGGUUGUCAAUAAUCCAUUCUAUUAAUCAUCUUUAUUACUUUCUUGUGUAAUAUGAAUAUUGUGUGAUUGUUUUAUAUGUAUGUCCCCAGACUUUUAUGCAAUAAACAAUGUAUGUUUCAACUAAAGU